GUCUGUCUGCUCUGCACUGGAAGCAGCUCUCCUGCCACGGCCCCUCCCCCCUGAAAAUGUACGCUUGUUCCAAGUUCACCUCCACCCCCUCCUUGGUCACAAGCACCUCUCAGCUACUAAGCCAACUGCUAUCUGCAGUGGUACUGAAACGACCAGAGACACUGACAGAUGAAAGCCUCAGCAGCUUGGCAGUCUUGUGUCCCCUAACCUUACCUGUGCCUAGCCACAACUUCCAAACCAGUGCCAUUUCAAGGGACACUGACACAGCAGCCAAGUUCAUUGGAGCUGGAGUGGCUAGGAGAGAGGCUGGGAGAGGGGCUGUGUUUGGAAGCCCCAUCAUUGGUUAGAACCCUUCUGUGAAGCAAUAGCUCUUCUCCUACACCAUUCUGGGUUUUGCCCACUCGGAGGCCACAGGACUCUUUUGCCUGAUGGUGGCCUUUCUCAUCCUCUUUGCCAUGUGA